CAUCACGAGCCACCUUCGACCCACAGCGAUCCUGCAGCCAUGACGUUCAACGGAACCUGGAAGGUCGACCGCAGCGAAAACUAUGACAAGUUCAUGGAGCAAAUGGGCAUUAAUAUCAUGAAGCGUAAGCUGGCGGAGCACGACAACCUGAAGGUCACCAUCGAGCAGACCGGGGACAAGUUUCACAUCACAGAGUCCAGCACCUUCCGCACUAAAGACAUCGACUUCACUCUGGGCGUCCAGUUCGACUACAGCCUGGCCGACGGCACUGAAGUCUCAGGGUCGUGGGAAAUGGAGGGGGAUGUGCUGAAGGGCAAAUUCACCAGGAAAGACAACAGCAAGGUCCUGACCACGACGAGAGCUCUGGUGGGAGGAGAGUUCGUACAGACAUACAACUAUGAGGGAGUGGAUGCCAAGAGGAUUUUCAAGAAGCAGUAACCUUGAGUCUCAAGAUCACAUUUUAUUUUUUACAUAGAUUAUACACCUGUAUUGUUGUUUCUAACAAUAAGACAUGGCUAGGUCAUGUGUGUUCUACAUCACAUGCCUCACACACAUUUUACAGAGAACUUUAAAAGAGGAAUAGCUUGCCAAAGCAUCCCAACGUCAUUAUCUAGUGGAAUGAAACGGUAAAGUGUGUUUGAGUCAAAGAGAUGCUUAAACUUCAUUCAACUCUAGCUGUGCAGGCAGGUCAACAUAAUCAGAUUAUCUGAAGUAUUCAGUGUGAGGGACGAAGACGACUAAAGGAGAGUAUAACAGGGAAAUAAGCAUACGCUAAUACAAACUAAGGGAAAACCUCCGUCACCAUGUCACUGUCAUGUGCCUGAGAGAAUCUGAAAUGGCUAAAGACUGCGGUAUCUAGCCAUGCAGAUAGUUUGGGUUUCCAUUUGCCAACAUUUUUAUAUACUUGUCUCUGAGACUUAUAUCGCUACAAAAGAGGGGAACGGAUUUAUGUGUUUCUCCCUGCGUUAAAAGAUGUCAUUUGAACAAUUCAACCGCAGCUUGUGUUUUCAGAAGCUGUCCCGGUUCCCGGUGAUAAUCCACACAGCAUGUUGCCAACAGUUUCCAGAGGGACUACUUCAUUGGUACAAUGUCGUUCCAAGGAAUGCUGCCCAUGUGUGUGUGGCUUAUCCAAGGCAACGGGCGCUUUGUUUCUGGAGAUACGUGCUACUGUUGCCUUUAAUGUGAUUUGCAACACCGUGAGCAAUGCCAAAGGACAUUCCUCCAUCGUCAUGGUAUUUGGGGUGAACAAAUACAUUUUAGACAUGCGUGAAGACCUCAAAAUCUGGACAAAAAAAUACCCGAAAUAUCAGCAUGAUUGAGAUCAUUGUUGUUUACCCUUUAGUUGUUUCCAUGGGGAUGGACCACAGCUAUACUUAAACUUGACUUCACCGAGCUUUUUAACACUGCGAUGGGAAACAAUACAAUAAUGAUCCCACAUGUCAUAUGUUAGUCACUUUGCACUAAUGGUUCUUAUAUGUUGAAUCAUCCUGUAACAAUUAAACAAUGUUCAUGAAU